GGGCUGCUGAGAGUUGUAGUUUGGCUAGUUUUGGGCUGGUCUUAGAACUGACUUUGUCUAGUUUGGAAAAAUAAGCCUGGCAACCCGGCCCUAACAUCAAAUCCGAUUGGGCAGGCGUCUGGGCUUCCGUAGCCGUCUCGGUGAGCUCCUAGUUACAGUUGUGUUGUUCCCGCCCCCUCCCUCUGCUCAAAGUCGGUCACAUGACUUACAGGAAUAGUCUGACUCCGGUACCUCAGAGGAAAGUGAGCAGUGUUUGUGUGCAGGAGAAAUGGCGGGAAAGUGCUUAUGUGAGAGACCGUUCCGGAGCAGGAAGAGAGAGGCGUUUGAGGACAUACUGGAGGCGCGGCGGCAGACUAGUGACCUCACCUACGCUAUGAGGCGCUACACACCGGUAAUUUACAGACACCUGACCCCCUGCCCGCCCAGUGCCUUAAAGACUAUGGUCCUACAGUCUGUGGAGCUGCAGUACGUCAUUGGUCAGAUCUCUCUGGAAAUCGGGCAGCCGCUAGAUUCCCUUCAGAAACAGGCGGCGGAUAUUCUAGACGAAAUGGGUCAGAACCUGCGGAUGGAAGCCGUCCGAUUCUUCGCUCUGACCCUCAGCAAGAUCUUCAAGCGCCUCUUCCGCAAAGUGCGCGUCAACGAGGAAGGGGUCCAGCGGCUGACUCAGGCCAUUCGAGAGCACCCGGUUGUGCUGAUUCCCAACCACCAAAGCUACGUCGACUUUUUGAUGCUGUCCUUCGUUCUGUACACGUACGACCUGGCGCUUCCCGUCAUCGCCGCGGGAAUCGCCCUCACCGGCAUGACCCUCGUAGGAGAACUGCUGCGUAUGGCCGGCGCCUUCUAUAUAAAGCGAGGGUUCCGAGGGAACCCACUCUAUUGGGCGGUCUUUGCGGAAUACGUGAAGGCCUUAGUGCGAAGCGGUUACGCCCCGGUGGAGUUCUUCAUCGAGGGCUGGAGGAGCAGAACGGGCAAGAUAUUAAGUCCAAAGUUUGGCAUGUUAACUGUCGUCAUGGAGCCGUUUUUUAAAGGCCAAGUGUUCGACACGUACAUUGUUCCGAUCAGUAUUACUUAUGAACGGGUUCUGGAAGAAUCUCUUCUUGCCUAUGAACUCCUAGGCGUGCCCAAACCCAAAGAGUCUACGUCGGGAAUGAUCAAAGCAAGGAGUGUUCUCCAUCAGAACUUUGGAAGCAUCCACGUCUACUUCGGUGUGCCUUUAUCAUUACGUUCUCUGUCUUAUGGAAGAAUAAGCCGCUCCCAGUAUAAUCUAACGCCCCGACACCUCCCCCAGCAACCGUCUGAAGACCUGCACCUCUUUGUCCGCGAUGUGGCUUACAAAGUGGAACUUACCCAAAUCGCAAAUAUGGUUCUUAGCCCUGGAGUCUUGGUGGCAACCAUUUUGCUACAGAAUUUACCAGAGAUGGACUUUAAUGUCUUAGUUGAAAAGACUCUUUGGCUGAAAGAUUUAGUAGAAGCCUUCGGAGGGUUCCUAGAGUGGCCUGAUAAUGAGUCAGCCGGCGUGGUGGUCCGUUCCAGCAUUGAGCUUCACUCCAACCUUCUCCGUCUGGUCGAUGGACGGGUGGCUUUGUUCGAGGAGCUCACAGGUUCAAUGACGGAGGAGGUCGUCUUCAGACGAGCAGUUUCAACCCUCACUUGUGCCUUAUAUAGGAACCAAGUGAUCAAUGUGUGUGUACGCCCUGCACUGGUGGUUCUAGCUCGUGAAAUAGUCCAGAGUUCCAGGAAAGAAGACAUCUUGAAUUCAUUUCACUUCUUGAGGGAUAUCUUUUCCAAAGAGUUCAUCUUCUCCCCCAGCUCCGGAGAUAAGGAUUUUGAAGAAGGCUGCUCCAUGUUGGCCAAAUGCGACAUCAUUCAUGUGACCCCUAAUGAAAUCAAAAUAACGGACAGUGGGGCAAUUGCUGCUUUGUUUUUAUCGCAGAUGUUCCAGCCAUUUCUUGAAGGUUACAAGUUGGCCGCUUCGUAUCUGUCGAGGGAAGUUACUAAUGGCUUCACGGAAAUGCAAUACGUGUCUGGAAUGAGGAGUUUUAUUUCUCGUCUGAUCGUAUCCGGAGCCAGUCGGUGCGUCGAAGCUCUCUCUUCUGAUAUGCAAAAAAAUACACUGUCCUCCUUUGUCCAGCUUGGGGUUAUAACGAAAUUGAAAUCGACCAAUGAGACGACCUUCUACGUAGAGAAGAGGCCACUGGAGGAAAUGGCGGAAAAACUUGGACUGCAACUGUCCAUGGAAAAAAUACCGUCGGCCCGACUUUGAGGACUAUCGAAAAGUUGUUGGAACUUUUUCCUUCCGUUUGUUGAACAUUCAGUCAUGAUGGGGAAGGUCUAUAUCUAUAAACCCCCCGCUCGAUUAUGGGGAAGGUCUAUAUCUAUAAACCCCCGCCCCAUGAUGGGGAAUGCGUAUAUCUAUAAACCCCCGCCCCAUGAUGGGGAAUGCGUAUAUCUAUAAACCCCCGCCCCAUGAUGGGGAAUGCGUAUAUCUAUAAACCCCCGCCCCAUGAUGGGAAAGGCGUAUAUCUAUAUACCCCCCCGCCCCAAACAACGUGAUUCGAUCAACUGGUGAUUAGGAGCUCUAUAUACAACUGCAGCCUUUGUAAGGCUUUGAGAUAAGGGGCAGUUUAUUAUCCAGCAGGACUAUUAGUGGACUGGUAACUGGUUUUAUUAACUCCUCCUACUUGCAUUGAGUCAACAGAAUCAGAAGGUGGUUUCACUUUCUCAUUUAAGGUGGCCAUUCACGUUAAGAUCCACUCGCCUGGUGAGGUCGCCAAGCUAGUGGAUCUUCUCCCGA